CCUUGACUUUCUUACACAAACUUUCAGCUUUCUUCUUUUACAUUUGCAAAAAUAACCAGGUCUGUCUCUUUUUCUCACCCUUUGGAAGCAAGAUAGCAACCUUCUAUAAUUACAAGUCUAAUUAUCUCUCUGAUCACCCUCCUUGUCGAUUUCAUCUCUUGCUUUUCAUAGAUUUAAAUGCCUUGACGUUUCUAUACACAUCUCCAAUCUUCAAUUUAAUUUUGUGUUGCCCUUCACAUUUUAAAACGAGUCUACUCUAAGACCAUUUUCUCUUUCUUAGUGUUUAUAAAUAGAAUCAAUCUUCAGAGAGCCACACUAUACCGUACUAAACCAUCCCAUUCCUACUUAACCUAUCUCUCUAUUCUCUCUUUCUUCCUAUAUCACCAUGACAGACCCUUAUUCCAAUAAUGUCUUCAAUGGAUGGAUCAACUUCACUCAUCUCCAUCCACACUACUACUACUCCAAUCCCUCUUUGAAUUUCAACCAGCUUCCUCAUCAGUACGCUUUCCCAAACAAGGUCAUUAACAUUAACAAAUCUUCUAUUCAAACCCAACGACCCUUUAAACAUGUUCCACCUUCUUCAUCACCACCUCUGAAAGCUCUUCCUUUGAUAGACAACUUGAUCAGGGGGUCUGAAGGACAAGAUCAGGAAUAUGAGUGCUCCUACUCCUCCAGCAGUGCAAUGGAAGAGGAAGAAGAUCAUAUAAGAAAUAAUAACAAAGAUGAUAUUAAUGUUGGUGAUGGGAAUGAUGGUGAUAAAGCGUAUCGUAAUAAUGUGACUGUUGCACUCAACAUAGGGCUGCCAAGCCCUAAUUCUGAUGAUGCGGGAUCUAGCAAGAUGAUCUGUUCCAGCUCAGUAGAUCAGGAUGUGACAGACAAAGAUGGAGCAAAUGUGGUUUCGAGCCACCCUUUUGAGAGAUUAAACAAGGGUCAAUAUUGGAUUCCAACCCCUUCUCAGAUUCUCAUCGGUCCAACUCAGUUUUCUUGUCCAGUUUGCUCCAAAACCUUUAACAGAUACAAUAACCUCCAGAUGCAUAUGUGGGGACAUGGAUCUCAAUAUAGAAAAGGACCAGAUUCUCUAAAAGGAUCUCAACCAACAGCAAUGCUAAGACUCCCUUGCUAUUGUUGCUCACCAGGUUGCAAGCACAACAUUGACCACCCAACAUCAAGGCCACUCAAAGACUUCAGAACUCUCCAAACUCAUUACAAGAGGAAGCAUGGUAUCAAACCCUUUGUCUGCAGGAAAUGUGCCAAAACUUUUGCCGUUAAAGGUGAUUGGAGGACUCAUGAGAAGAACUGUGGCAAGAUUUGGUAUUGCAUUUGUGGCUCUGAUUUUAAGCACAAAAGGUCACUGAAAGACCACAUGAAGGCUUUUGGUCAUGGCCAUGGAGGUUUUGGCAUUGACUGCCCCGAAGAUGAAGAUGAGCCUGCCUCUGAAAUUGAACUUGAUGGCGAGGCCUCAAUUUGAUAUUUGCAAUUUCAAGAUUUGAUUUAGUCUUUAAGAGCUUGUGCAUCAAUUGUUAAUGAAUUAACUAUCCUUUUUUUUUUUUUUUUUUUUUUUUUUUUUUUUUUUGGUCCAUGUGUUUAAUUGUACCUAUGUCUAUAUAAGGGAGUGAUGGUCUUCGUCUAAAUGAAAGUUGUGUAUUAUUAUUGUUUGGCUUUUUUGUUUUCAUCUAAUUGGAAAAUUUGUUUCCUUUUAAAUCA